AACGUGUACAUUUUGUACACAGAAAACUUGUUCCACGCAGACUGAAGGUGUGCUUUGGUUAUCCCAAAUCUUGUGAAAAAGGAAUGGAUACUUUGUAUGGCAGUUUCAGGAUCAAAUGCUGAAAAAGCUGAAUACACCAAGAUGCAUAAUCAAAUGGUUUCGGCGCAUAUGACCCAUGUUAUCGCAGGAGGAGCUGGCGGUACAGUAGGUGCAAUUUUAACGUGUCCACUGGAGGUUAUAAAAACUAGGCUACAGUCGUCCAACACAUGUCUACGAACAGAGUAUAUACCAACAGUUUCGCAAGCCAGUCUGUCAACAGCAAAUGGGGGCGUUGCUCAAGUUGGCAGUAUCUCAAGACAGUCGCUUGGCGUUGUCAAAUGUCUUAGGUACGUCGUUGAAAAGGAAGGUGUUGCUGCUCUCUUCAGGGGUCUUGGACCUAACCUCAUUGGUGUAGCACCCUCAAGAGCGAUCUACUUCGGUGCUUACGCAGAAACAAAGGGCUUCCUGAACGACAGAUUAACACCAGAGUCUUCACUUGUGCACCUGCUGUCUGCAGGAUUUGCAGGUUUUACAGCGUGCACGCUAACAAAUCCAAUAUGGCUGGUCAAAACGAGACUACAAUUGGAACAAGUAAACGGCAAGAGGCAUGCGAACAUGUUCCGCUGCGCUCAGUAUGUACACAGUAGAGAAGGUAUCAGAGGUUUCUACCGGGGCAUCUCGGCAUCCUACAUGGGCAUCUCGGAGACGGCCAUACACUUUGUCAUCUACGAGCACAUAAAGUCGUUGCUGACGGAGAGGGAAAGCGGUCUGCCUGAUGAGAGAAAGAAGCUGGACUUUGUUAAAUUCAUGGGGGCGGCUGCCAUGUCCAAGACGAUAGCAGCCACUGUAGCAUAUCCACACGAGGUUGCAAGGACAAGAUUGCGGGAAGAAGGAAACAAAUAUCGCUCCUUUGUACAAACAUUACUAACUGUCGCUCGGGAGGAGGGCUAUAGGGGGAUCUACGGUGGCCUUACAACGCACCUCGUCAGGCAAAUCCCAAACACUGCAAUAAUGAUGUGUACGUACGAGUUCAUCGUGUACCUGUUUAAUCGGGUGUAGGAUGGGAACUUUUUAAACAGAACGAUGCAGACGUUGAGACUCCAUGACACCUCUUGCCACAAACCUCUUGUUUUGAUGCAGAGAAUGAUCAAGGCGAUGCAGGGAGCAGCGAGGCAGUUUUGCCCGGGUGCCGUGAAACAGCAGGGCACCCCCACUGCGAGACAAAUGCAAAGACAGAUAACAACUUAAGUCGGCUGGAAGAUUUUCCCCUGUGAUCACUCGUGCGAGUUAUCAUUUGUGUGAUCUGGGCGACGGGGAGCUGCACAGACUGGAGCUGCAAGGCGCAACAUUACCUGGGCGUAAUCAACAGCAAGAGCCCCAUGAAUACAAAAAUGCAGUAAGUCGACACAAGUCAGCUGGAGGACGUUGCCCUCCCAACUAUACAUGAUCAAGAUACUUCCGUCUUCAAAUUGUGCGAGUUAACAUUUGUAUUCAGUUCAGCAUGGCGACUUCGGGACCUGAUGGGAAAUCAUCGAAAGUGGUCUUUCAAAUCUACCUCCAUGGAGGAUGGGAAAAGGGAUUAUCAGAAUCAGGUCGUGGUUUUAUGUUGUGUUCUUGAUGGGUUGCUGAUAUGCGGUCGCUGCGAUGAAAUUGAUAAGCACCCUCAAAAGAUGCACUGUUAAAAUUUGAUCACAAAAUUUUAGCGAUCAUCUUCUUCUUUUUUAAACAGAUACACCUUUGCGAUGAUUCUUGCCAUAUUGAUGGUGCAAAAAAUUCUAAAUGUCGCAUCGAUUAAAAGGUUUGCCCAUUCCUGCUAUGUGAUAAUAUUUAUGGUGUGGUGCAGUCGUUUGGGACACUAAAUCUUUUUCGGAAACAAAUUCUUCCAAAAUGCAUUUGUCUGAUUUUGAUGGAUUCAGUGGUGUGUUUAAUAACUCAGUACUGCCAACUCGCCCUGAUUCUGCAGAAACCUUAGUGAAAAACGCCAAUAUGUUCCAAACAAAUUUGAAACCCCCCUCGAGUAUGGAAACCUUUUCCCAAUUAGUUUUGAAUGAAAAUCGAUCUCCCUUAUUGUUGUGCAAAAUAUCUCCCUGAUUGCUAGACACAUAUUAAACCCCGAUCUUCUGGGUCGAUCAUCGCAGUGACAAAAUCCAACACAUCAUGGUAAAUACAACACCCAAACUGUUUGACUCUGAUUAUUGUGGUAUGGCUGAAAAUGAAUUGAUUUGUUAAUGUGCUUAAAAAAUGCCUGUUAUGCAGUACUUUUACACCAAAAAGCUUUGCUUAUUUAAAACUCUGAAAAAGUCCACCCCAGUUUUGUUGACAAAAUUGUAUUCACUUGAGUCCUUAUUUUCUAUUCAAGUCCUGAUUUAAGUAUAGACCUUUAUCAUGCUACCUCCAUCUUGGUAAUGUUCCUCGUAU